AUGUUGGAGAACUACAGCAACCUGGUGUCCCUGGGAAGGAGCUGUGUCUUGGGAAAUGAUGCAGGAAACGAGCCUAUUAAAACCGAACUGGGAUUAAGCUUUCAGUUCCAUCUGCCUGAAAGGCAGCUAUUUCAAGCUGAAGGGAAAAUUUAUGAAUGUAACCAAGUUGAAAAGACUAUCAACCAUAUUACCUCACUUUCACCACUUGAAAACCUUACUUCUAAACUGAAAACCCACAUGUUUAAUAAAUAUAAGAAUGAUUUUGGCAGUUCUCCAAUAUUCACAGAAGAAGUGAAAGCACACAUUAGGGAAGAACCUUACAGACAUAAUGAGCUCGGCAAAGCCUUUAGUAUGUCUUCAAGCCUUCCUAACCAUGGGGUCAUCCGUACUGGAAAGAAACCUUUCCAAUGUAAAGAGUGUGGCAAGGCCUUCAGGCAAAAUUCAGACUUUCUACGACACUGGAGAAUCCAUAGUGGAGAGAAACCUUACAGAUGCAAUGAAUGUGGCAAAGUCUUCAGUCAAAAUUCACACCUAUCUCGACAUCAGACAAUUCAUACUGGGGAGAAACCUUACAAGUGUGAUGACUGUGGCAGAGCAUUUAGUGUGCGCUCAACACUUACAACCCAUCUGCGAAUCCAUAAUAGAGAUAAUCCAUACAAAUGUGAUGAAUGUGGCAAGGUCUUUAGUUGCAAUUCAUACCUUAAACGACAUCAGAGUGUUCACACUGGGGAGAAACCUUACAAAUGUAAUGACUGUGGCAGUGCAUUUAGUGUGCGUUCAAGGCUUUAUAUACAUCAGGUUAUCCAUAAUGCAGAUAAACCUUACAAAUGUGAUGUUUGUGGCAAGGUUUUCAGUCAAAGUUCAAACUUAGCAAAUCAUCGUAGAAUUCAUACUGGAGAGAAACCUUACAAAUGUCAUGAAUGUGGCAAAGUCUUUAGUUUUAAUUCAUACCUUGCACAACAUCGGAGAAUUCAUACUGGAGAGAAACCUUACAAAUGUGAUGAAUGUGGCAAGACAUGUAAUAGUUUAUCCUUUCGCCCUCAAGUGGUGCUGCAGCUCAAACAGAGACCAAGUUGUAAUUCAUACCUUACACAACAUCGGAGAAUUCAUACUCAAGAGAAACCUUACAAAUGUGAUGAAUGUGGCAAGGUCUUUAGUUGCAAUGCAUACCUUAGACGACAUCAGAGUAUUCACACUGGAGAGAAACCUUACAAAUGUAAUGAAUGUGGCAAGGCCUUUAUUUACAAUUCAUACCUUGUACAACAUGCGAGUGUUCAUACUGGAGAGAAACCUUACAAAUGUCAUGAGUGUGGCAAAUGUGGCAAAGUCUUUACUUGCAAUUCAUACCUUACACGGCAUCAGGGCAUUCAUACUGGAGAGAAACCUUACAAAUGCAACGAGUGUGGCAAGGUUUUCCGUCAAAAAUCAAACCUUAAAAAUCAUCACACGAUCCACUUGGGAGAGAAACCUUACAAAUGUUAUGAAUGUGGUAAGAAAUUUAGUUUGCGCUCAAGGCUUCAUAUACAUCAGGUUAUCCAUAAUGCAGAUAAACCUUACAAAUGUGAGUAUUGUGGCAAGGUUUUCAGGCACAAAUUAUCCCUAACAGUUCAUCGUAGAAUUCAUACUGGAGAGAAACCUUACAAGUGUAAUGAAUGCGGCAAGGCCUUCAGACACAAGAUAUCUCUUACAGUGCAUCAGAAAACACAUACUGGAGAGAGAACUUACGUACAUAACGAGUGUGCCAAGGUCGUCUGUCAAAACUCAAACCUUGAAGAUCAUCACAGAAACCAUACAGGACGGAAACCUUACAAAUGUAAUGAAUGUGGUAAGGUCUUCAAUUACAAUUCAACGCUUGCACGACAUCAGUGUAUUCAUACUGGAGAGAGGCCUUACAAAUGCAAUGAGUGUGGCAAAUUGUUUUGUCAGAAAUCAAACCUUAAAAAUCAUCAUGUUGUCCAUUCGGGAGAGAAACCAUACAAAUGUAAUGAGUGUGGCAGGGUCUUCCGUCACAAAUCAAACCUUAAAAAUCAUCACACGAUCCAUACAGGAGAGAAACCUUACAAAUGUGAUAAAUGUGACAAGGCCUUCAGACAAAAGAUAUCCCUUACACGUCAUCAGCGAACUCAUACUGGAGAGAAACCUCACAAAUGUAAUGAAUGUGGCAAGGUCUUCUGUGAAAAAUCAAACCUUAAAUCUCAUCACAGAAUCCACACUGGAGAGAAACCUUACAAAUGUAACGAGUGUGGCAAGGCGUUCCGUGAAAAAUCAAACCUUAAAACUCAUCACAGAAUCCAUACUGGAGAGAAACCUUACAAAUGCAAUGUAUGUCAUAAGGUUUUUAGUCACAUUUCACGCCUUGCUCAGCAUCAGGGAAGUCAUUUGUGA